UACAACUCUAGGGCACAUUGCUGCCCUUUUAAUGGCAUUCCCUUCAAAUUCUUGACAGUACUGUCUGAAUAGUGGAGUUCAGAACCCGCAGUAUGCAAGAUCAUAUUAAGACUGUCGCCGUCAUCGGCUGUGGUGUCAUCGGAGCGAGCUGGGCAUCUCUGUUCCUAUCCAGAGGCUUGAACGUCAUCAUUUUUGACCCCGCCGAAGGAUCUCAAGAAGCAUUUAAGAAGUACUUGCAAGGUGCAUGGCCUGCUUUGAAAGCAUGUAGGCCCACCGAAGACGCGUGGGCCAGGAACUACAAGUUCGUUGACGACCUGGCAUCGAGCCUACCGGAGGCCGAUUUUGUCCAAGAAAACGGACCGGAGCGCCCCGAAUUCAAGCAGCAGCUCAUGCAGACCCUUGAUGAGCAUACCAGACCAAGGGUUGUAAUCGCGUCCUCUUCCUCUGGUCUGCCUGCAUCUGGUUUUAUCGAGCGGUGCCAGAAAGACCCGAGUCGCAUCCUAGUUGGCCAUCCAUUCAAUCCACCACAUCUCAUUCCCCUGGUGGAAGUUGUCCCCCACCCGGGCACCGACGCCACCACGAUAUCAACCGCAGGGGACUUGUACAGGUUCCUUGGGAAAAAGCCCAUUCUGCUUCGUCACGAAAUCCCAGGGUUCGUCGCCAAUCGUCUGCAAGCCGCGGUCAACAACGAAGCAUACAGCCUUAUUAGCCGCGGGAUUGUCUCGGCUGAAGAUCUCGACACCGCGGUAACAUCAGGCCCGGGUCUUCGAUGGGCCCUGACAGGUCCAUUUGUUACAAAUGCGCUUGGUGGCGGCGGGGGACCAGACGGAUUUGCGCAGCGGAUUGAACGGCUUGGUCCUGCGAUUCGGGGCUGGGAGGAGGAUAUGUCGAAGCAUCGGUUCGAUUGGAGCGAGGAAAGCGUCGAGGCUCUGAACGAGGAGGCUUUGAAAUGGUUGAACUCGGUGGAUUGGGAUGGCAUCAAUCGGAACAGAGACCAAAUGUUGUUACAGUUGCUGCAAGCAAAAUCCCAGAGCUCAUUGCUCAAUUAGAGGGUAAAUUCGCCUAAUAUAUGCUAAUCCAAGGGGUCCUAUCAUGGUGCUUUAGCGAAUCAUUCCAAG